UAAAAAUCAACGAUCGAGGUGGUUUUCUAGUAGAUACAUAAGUGAGUUAUCCAUAGCGAUAACUUCGCUGAAAAAUUGACUUUUAGAUGAAAUCUUCCAUUUUAGAUGAAAUCUUCUGACCAACACCAUGUUAACAUGAGCGAAAGCUCCUGCACCAAAGGGCAUAGUUGCACAGACUGCCUGCGCCGUAGCUCAUCCUGCGUGAGAAUGGCGCUCAACAUGAUUAUCCACACAUAAUUGACGUAGUUGUGGCGGCCUGGUACUGCUAGGAGCACCCCUUUUACCCUAACAAUUUUUGCUGGUAUGAUGAUGUUUGAAUCUUCAAUAAGCGCCCGGUGACUGGUGAAAUUUUUGAUGCUCUCGACACACGCCGUCGUAGUGAAACAAGAAUGAGUCCAUUGAUUGCUACAUCAAAAGAUGCUAGUUCAGGUCUAUCAGCACUUUCGCCUCUCAAGAACACAACCUACCUACCUUCCCCCGAUCCAUUUCUCUGGUUUAGGUUCCUAUAUGUGUACCCAUCUCUGAUGUAGUAUUGCUUGUUCAGACGAGGACUCUUGGUUUGACGAUUGCAUUUGAAGUAUCACACUGAACAUAAUUUUGUCCUUUUCUUCGAUCAUUCUGCAUUUGUAUCUGAUUUUCACACGACGUCGAGGACAUCAUCGUAAAAGAUAAAACUUACAUCCAGAAGAAAUGAAGUACCCCUUUCCCCACCGGGAAGUUGCCGGGCGGAUCAUCGACGCCAAGUUUCCGGGUACCGCCUGCCAGCGCUUGGCGUCCGUGCUAGAGCGGGUGGCCAACCUCGAGCAGACGCAACUGGAUGCCGACUGGGCUUCCGUUACGCGGAAAGCACUGCUCCUCGCGGGGGGGUUAAAGUCAGAGCUGUACGAGACCAGCCACGCUUUCAACGACGAUAACCACUGCGACCUAACGACCAUGCUCGGCAUAUUGUGAGGAAAAACAUCCCCACACCAGAGUCAAGAUGGAGAUUUUGCAACACAAACCUAGAAAUUUUGUGAGUCACGCAUGACAAGUUGCAGUCUGUGUGUAGUACGCAAUGCCAGCUGCAUCAGAAAUCCAUCAGCUCAUACUGUUCACAGCAUCACAAAUUCCAAAACACGAAUUGGAAAUGGCUCUCAUGGGGAUGCGCAUCACAAGUCUUCCUGUCUUUGCAAAUCUGCAUUACAACUCUGGCGCGGGUACGUUUUUACUCAGGAUACGGCAACGUGAUGCACGAGGAAAACGCCAGCGGGUUGGUGAAAGCGAUAUCGAGGCAGAACCAGCUCGGACCGCACAUCCAGAAGGCGAGUAUCCCCGAGUUAGGCGAGGGCGGGAGUUGGUCCACCUGCACCAACGGCUGCCACGUCCUGCCAAGUCCCGAGGACGUGGUAUGGGACCCUCAGACGUUACAUUCUCAACUGUAGUUACAUGAAUUUCUCAUGCUACUGAAUUGGCAGCAACAUCCUUCGCGUGACAAGUCCUCGACGUCGCGCUCGGUAACAUUAUAAUCAGCUCCGAAUCUCUAAUGCAAAAGGCGCAACCUUCCCUCUUUCACUUUUGGUUCUAUUGCCAUCUGUGCAUAUACAAAUGCAUGCAAGAACAGGAGUUGAGAAUGUAACGUCUGAGAACGGCAUACGUGGCGCACGUGCAGUUUCAGAGCAGAGUCGCCUUCAAGCUGGUUUGGGUGCCGCCAGAGUUCAAGAGUUUUGUGUUGCUGGAUGACGACGGCAAGGUGCUGCGGAAGGGAACCCCCACAGGCCAGCUACCGCACAUCUCCGCACGGAAAAAGAAUUUCGAGCUGGUUCGUGGCGGAAUUUACGAAAAAGCAGCCAUGGAUGAAGGGGGGAACAGUGCGUGAUGUGAUGCCGGAGUUUGUUUUUUCAUCCCGCCCAAAGUACUCAUCCAAAACGUACUUCUCUGGCCGCUGCUAAGACCAUUUUAGAUACCGUUCCUCAUCGACAAUUUGAACUUUGCCAUAGUUGUUCUGGGAACCAACAUACUCCCACGUGGCCCAUCCUGUGCAGGGGACCAA